AUGGCGACCGCGCUGCCAGCCCAGGUGCGCAUACUGGACCUCUACGCCGGCACCGGCUCCCUCGGGAUCGAGGCGCUCAGCCGCGGCGCGUCGGAGUGCAUUUUUGUUGACAACGUCAAGGAGUGCGUGGACUGCUGCAUCGCCAACGCCUGGGCUGCUGGCUUCCUGGAUCACGAGGUCGCCGCCAUGGGGACGCUGUCCGAGCGUAUGAAGGCCGAGAUCGACCCUGUGAUCAUGGUCGGGGGGCCGCGCGCGAGCGUGGCGAUCGAGCGCCACAGGGCCCAGGUGGCCAACGCGCCCGUGGGCGCAAUCCAUGCCGACGUGCUGGACGUCCUGAGGAACCCCGAGGAGCACGGGAUCGUGGGGCGCACCUUCAACGUGAUCACCGUGUCUCCGGACUACAACGCGAAGACUCUGGACCAAUCCCCAGGAAACCAGAAGGCUCCUGAUAAGCUGCCGAGGGUCCCUGGCGGCAUCCAGAGGUGGUUUCAACGUGAGCAACAAUAA